AUGACUCAAGAUUAUGAAAACGGUGGCUCUACAGGUACGUUGCAAGCAACUUUGAAAUCCACGAACAUUGAAGUACUAACGACCUUCAAAGCUCACUUUAACGCCAUAUUGCCAGAUUUAUUCACAGUCUAUCAGCACACCAAUGGCGACAUCAUAAGCAAAGAAGUGUUGCCGGAGAAUUUCUACGAGCCUGAUCCGGAUGCGAUCAUCUCCUCACUAAAAGAGAAAGAUUCAAAAGUGUUUACAAGCUUAUCUCGUCAAUACGAGGAAGGCAAAUAUAACUCAUCACCUUACAGGUUGUACCAUGACAUCAAAGCAGUUUCAUCUGUUCUUUUGAGUAAGGAAUCUCAAGGCUCGGAAGCUUACAAGCAAAUUGAUUUCUUCUACAAGUUUUCCUGUGAAUUGUUAUUAAGGGAGAUGGGUACCAUCGUUCAAACUAACCAGUCAAAUGAUAUCACAAACGAGCUUGAAACUCAACUUGAAGACGAAUUCAAUAAGAUUUUGGACACGUACACACUUGCAAAUGGAGAAGUCAUCACAUACAUUUCAAAAAGCAGGGAGGAAGAUUAUCAAAGUCGUUCAAGCAUAUACAAUCCCCACCAUCCACCUCCAAUAAAGCAAAAAAUACAGCCAUUGUUUUCGUCAAUUAUCCAAAAGUCAAGUUUGGACUCUACACCGACCUUGGUUGACGAGCCAUUCACUGUAACAAAAGUUGUACCGAUGGUGAAGGAUUCCAAUUCAAAUAAUUUAUUGGAGAAUAUCUCACCCUCGAGUGCUACAAUACCACUUCCAUUACAAGGACCAACCAACAUCUUGCAUGAUUUUUUCCACCCAACUUGGUACACCGUUGCUAUGCCAGAUUGGUUGACGUACAAGGCUUUAAGUUUGAGAUCAACAGUUGAGUUGCCGCAAUAUGCUGAUUUACCAUACACCUCAAACGAGCCUCCCAUGUUGAACAUAUUACGAAACCACAAUAAUGAAAAAGGAGGUGCAAAUAAUACUUGGGGUCUGGGGCACAACUAUCAAUCCUUUGCUCCCAACAAGGAUGGCAAAGGCGCUGUCGUUUCUGAGAGACUAAAGGGCAAUAUAUGGUUGCAGCAUAUUGGUGUUGCCGAAAUAGAAAAGCUCAAGCAUAGUUUUGUGCAUGCAGACGAUGCUAUGGACGAGGAUACAGAGGUUGAGGAUGUAGAAAGGACUCAGGGGGAAAUUGCAACACCAAGUGGGACCCGAGACGACAACGACGUGGAGGUGGAGGAUGCGGAAGACCCAACAACAGAAAUCAAGAAAGAUGAUGGCGAUUUAAAAGAACAGCACGAAAUCAGUUUGACAAAUUUGAUCAAAUGGGAUCCACAAGAAAUCAAGUCUCUUGAAUUUUUGAAAGAUCAUCAGCAAGACUUGUUGCAACCUUCAAAAUUACAACGCUUGAUUUCAGACUCUUUGUUGGAGAUCAACAAAUUGCGCCAGGAGAGGUAUGCCAAGGAUCUUUCGUGUCCCAGUGACGAAGAAAACCAAUUGCAUAAGCGUGUACAUCAUUUACUAUCGAUUACUAUGAAGUUGUACAAUGUUGGUCCGGGUAGUUUGGGGUACAAAGUCAGCAAAAAGAUUCCUACUUUGGUCAGCGAGUACAAUGGUACAUUGCCAGGUAUGCCAGCAUCAAGAUCGUUGAUUGGAUCCGGGUCGCAUCUCGGAACAAGUCAUAUAACAAAGCCAGGUAGGUUGCCCAAUUUGCGAACAUCCUCUACACGUGGAAGAAGAAGGCUACAAUAG